CCCCCCCACAACCGCCGCCUAGCUAAGGUGACGUAACCAGAGUGGGCAGUGACGUAAGCAGCCGGGGGCGGGGCGAAGGGCUUUGACAGGUAGAGGCAGGAAAAGAGAAGAAGGCAGGUGGAGGCGGAUGAGGAGCUCCAGGUGGACAUUUCCGGUGAGGGCAAAAGAUACCUUGGGGCAAUCAAAAUCUUCAGGAAGAAGCCUCCAGUAAUUUGGAAAAAUGUUUGCAGACUUGGACUAUGACAUUGAAGAAGACAAGCUGGGAAUCCCUACUGUUCCUGGGACAGUGACCUUGAAGAAGGACUCUCAAAAUCUAAUUGGGAUCAGCAUUGGAGGAGGAGCUCAGUAUUGCCCCUGUCUCUAUAUUGUUCAGGUAUUUGAUAACACUCCUGCAGCUGUAGAUGGAACUUUGGCAGCUGGUGAUGAAAUCACAGGUGUAAAUGGAAAAUCAGUUAAAGGAAAAACCAAAGUAGAAGUGGCUAAAAUGAUACAGGUGGUGAAGGGAGAAGUGACGAUUCAUUACAACAAACUUCAGGCUGACCCAAAGCAAGGAAAGACCUUGGAUAUUGUGCUAAAGAAAGUGAAGCACCGUCUGGUGGAGAAUAUGAGCUCAGGGACUGCAGACGCUCUUGGGCUAAGCCGAGCCAUCCUCUGUAAUGAUGGUCUAGUGAAGAGACUGGAAGAAUUGGAAAGAACUGCUGAACUGUACAAAGGUAUGACAGAACACACAAAGAGUCUCCUCAGAGCUUUCUUUGAACUGUCCCAGACUCAUAGAGCAUUUGGUGAUGUUUUCUCAGUCAUUGGUGUUCGAGAGCCUCAGCCAGCUGCUAGUGAGGCAUUUGUAAAAUUUGCAGAUGCUCAUCGCAGUAUUGAGAAGUUUGGGAUCCGGCUUCUCAAAACCAUCAAACCGAUGUUGACUGACUUGAACACUUACUUGAACAAAGCCAUUCCAGAUACAAGGCUAACUAUCAAGAAAUACUUGGAUGUGAAGUUUGAGUAUUUGUCUUACUGUCUCAAGGUGAAGGAGAUGGAUGAUGAGGAAUACAGCUGCAUUGCACUUGGCGAACCUCUUUAUCGGGUCGGCACUGGGAAUUAUGAAUACCGCUUAAUCUUGCGUUGCCGCCAGGAGGCACGUACACGCUUUGCCAAGAUGAGGAAGGAUGUACUAGAAAAGAUGGAGCUGCUAGAUCAGAAACAUGUGCAAGACAUUGUGUUUCAGCUCCAACGCUUUGUUUCCACCCUUUCAAAGUACUAUGAUGACUGCUAUGCUGUGUUGAGGGAUGCAGAUGUCUUCCCCAUUGAAGUGGAUCUGGCACGCACCACCCUGAAUUAUGGCCAGAAAGAUGUUUUCACAGAUGGGGCUGAGGAUGAGGAGGAUGAAGAAAGUGGUGGUGGAGGUGGACAUGAGGGUGUGGAAUGCAACAAGAAGGAGGAAGAGAAUGGUGAGAAACUCAUUGAUGAUGCCUGAGCUCAUGGACUUGAAGAAGUAGAAAAUAACUGCAAAAGAUGGAUAAAUUCUAUUUCUCUAGGCAACAUCCAAAGUGACUUUUCUGUCUGUAUAAGGCCAGCCUCAGGAAAUCAAGACUGUUUUGGAUGUGGGAACCAGGGGGGUAACUUGUACCCAAGGUACUUGUGUACAGUUCUUCCUCCAAAAAAAAAAAAAAAAUCCUCCUCCUUUGACUUUCUGAAUGGCCUUUUGUCAUAGUCAUAGUCUCAUUGUUCACAUCAGGAGGUGGUAGGAGGGAAAUUAUUUCCUUGGAAUACCUUUUAGCCCCCAUCCAGUGUGGCUCCCAAUGCAGAGGGAGCAUGUGUGAGUAUGUGGGACACAGAUCUGCAUACAUCUGCUCACUAAAAUAUGAGGAACAGUUGGUGGGAUGAGCCCAGGCUUUCUUAAUUAAGUCCAAAAAGUCAAACUGUGGAGGAGGGAGAAUAGCAGACUUUCGUUUUACUUUCGUCCUCCACUGUUACCAUCUAACUGUCUGUCUUUAUCAGGUGAGUUUAGCUUGAGAAUAUGUUGAUUUCCUAUACUAACCUUGACCCUUGUUAGACCAAAAAGAAAGGCAAUUAAAUGUAAAUUGGAUGAAGCAAAAAAAUAAAAAUCAGUACAACUGAUUAUUUAAAGGGCACAAUAAGGACAUCCAGGAGAAUCAGUCUAGGCUUUAUCAUUGUCCUUAGCAUGAUCAAGUCAGUAUAGAUAGGCAGUUGAACCUGACACUGGGGUUCGAUUACCAUGGUUCAUGUUCCCAAGCCCCACUAGUCUUCAUGUGCAAUGGGUUAUGGCUGGCCUUAAACAAAUUUGAUCCUUAAGGAUCACAUUGCCUGCUUGUAUGCUCUCCUACAUAGGUGCCUCAUUGCACAAUCUUUUCUAAAAACUUAAGCCUUAUCCAAUAUUUAACAAGGUGUUAGAUUACAGAAGGAGUUGAUACAUACACUGAAGUAAAAGGUAAAAUAGCCAGUUUAGGCAUUCCAGCUCUCAAUUUGUACUCUGCACUUUCAUGACAUCACACAUUUUCUUCUAUAUUUUGGGAAAUACUGCUUCUGAAGACAGAGAGCCUAUUAUGAGCUUCACACAUGGCCUCCUGCCCCCCAAGGACAUGAAGCAGGGGGAAGAGUACUCUUAUAUUAUCAGGGAAUUCUUCCAAUUCUGUACCAUUAUGAGAUUUUUAACUGGAAUUUUUGUCCUUGAUUAGCAAAGAGUGAACUUCUGGAAAUAAGAGAAGUUGGCUUUUCUCAAUUCCAUACAGACUGCGCCAACAGGCAAGGAGCAAAGCUGUGUAAGAACAUUCAUUUGACCUGCAAAGGGAUCUUGUAGCACUUUUAAGGCUAACUGAAAGAAAGAAUUUGGUUGCGUAAGAUUUUGUAUACUUACAUCUAAAAAAGCUUCAGACUUUAUCACGAGGCUAUAAAAGUGGAAUUUUAACAGGAUAAAAGCAUUUUUAGCCAGAACUUAUCACCCAGUGUUGUAUCCCUCCUGCUACUGCCUUGCAUUACAUUUCUUACCAUCAUGCACCUUUUCUUUGAUGGGAAAAACCCAUCGAUAGGCUCUCAAUCUCAUGUCUAUCCCAUAACUGCCUUUGUGCAAUAGAUCUCUUCUGCUACAGUACUUCUUAGGCAGGCAUGUGGUGUGAGUGGGUAUGAUUCUGCUCCUCUUCCCCCUCCCCCUUCACAGCACCAAAAGGUUCUGUGCAGAUUCAUACAGCAACUGGCUUUGGGAGGUGAUUGGCAGUUGUGAUCGGUUGUCUCCCCUUCCUCCCAGAAGGUGGCAUUUGGCAGUGCAGAAAACAUCAUGCAAUCAUGGAUUGCCAAAGCACUAGCAUGGGGAAAAGUGUGAUAAGAAAGAUACAAAUUAGUAUGCUGCCAUUCUUAAACUAGUGCCAGUAUGGCAAGACAAUGCAAUCAACUCCUUAUGCUACCAACUUCUUUCUUUCUCUCAGUCUCAAAGAUGCUGCAAGAUCCCUUUGCAUACUGAUCCAGACUAACAUGGCUGUCUCUGAAUUAAUUUCACAGUUAUGCUUCCCCUUGUUUUGUUUCCCCCUGUUGCCUCUUUCUCUGUAAAUGGCCUCAAAAAAGCCAUAUGGUCCAAGAUGCAUUUCAGCAUUUAAACAUCAGACAAUGUAACUAAUAAAGAAAAACGCAAAUUCCUGCCUUUUCUUUUUGCUCCUGAGUUUUAACUGUUGGUAUAUCACAGGAAGACGCAUGAAAGGCAUGAAAAUCAAGUUCCCUCUAUGGCAGGGAGGCAUUAGCCUCCACAACAGAGGUGUUGCAAUUGUAGCACCAAUCAUAACAAUUUGGAAAUUCUAAAGUAUGGUACAGAUAAAUGAAGGUGUCCUCUUUCAGAGCUGUUCCUUGGCUUAAAGUUUCAGUUCAUCCUUUGGAUAAUAGAUAUCCACAUAAAAAUUGUACUACAGCACCAGAAUACAUUUAACAGUUACAUAAAUUAAUUGUGGCUGAUAAUCUUUUCUGGUCUUGAAAACUGAUGGGUUUUAAAAAAUGUUAAACAGUGCCUGGGCAAAGGCUGUGAACUAUCUAAAAGGUUAAUUGCCACUUCUGAAAGCUUCCCAAAAAGACCAUUCACACCCUCCCCUUUUUGCCAGAAAAAUGGGCCGUCUGAAGAAGCUGGGGAGCCACAAAAACUUCAUUGGAGGUGUUAUACCCAUCCCAAGGGCUGCAUUUUGCCCAUUUCUGCCUUAUAAAAAGAACUGUGUGGCAUCAGAAAUGGUUCCAGUUAGGAAGGACUGUAACUGUAGUGUUCCCCCAUUGCUUGUUUCUAUCCAGAGUUUUGCAUAGUCUCUCUGAGGCUGCUUUCUUCAUGCAGCUGUUGAGCUAUAUGAAAGUGAUCUUUGUGUACAGUGUGUCUAGUGCUAAGCUUUACAAAAUAUGCAUGUCUAUGUACAGGCACACAGAGUUUGCUCUGUCGUCAACCUCCCAUCUGCGUUAUAGCAGGCAUAGUAAAUCUGAAGUCUUUCCUUGGCUUCAAGGAGUAAAGACUGGGAGAAAGUGAACAUGUGGAUUUUAUCUUGGAAGUGCUAAUUAUGAGUCAUUACUCAUUAGAUCCUAGUUGCAUUGCCUUAGGCAGGUUGGGAAACCUUUUUGUAUUCUUUUCAGUGUUUCAGAUAUUUCUUUUGUCUUCAACAAUGAUCUGCCUUGAAAUUAAAUCCAUUGUCUAAUGAAA